UGAGUUAACCUUCAAAAAUGACAAAACUUUUCCAGAUUUCUCCAGUUUACCAAUUGCAAGGUAAUUAAAUUUAAGUUAAAGCUUCUGAUAAAGAUCUUGAAUCAGGAUGCUGAGCAGAUUGGGCCGGAGUGGUUGGACCGGUGUGCGCUGCUUUGCCAAUGACAUUCGCUUUGGAGCCGAGGCGCGCUGCCUGCUUAUGCAGGGCGUGAACGUCCUGGCCAACGCGGUGGCCACCACUCUGGGCCCGAAGGGCAGGAACGUGCUCAUCGAACAGCUGCUGAUCUCGCCGCGGAUCACCAAGGAUGGCAUCACGGUGGCCAAUAACGUGCAGCUGGGGAAUCGCCGGCAGGAUAUGGGAGUUCAAUUGCUGCGCCAGGCCACCAAUAAUACCAAUAAUAAAGUGGGCGAUGGCACCACCACGGCCACAAUUCUGGCCCGUGGAAUAGCCUGCCAGGGAAUGCAUGUGUUGCGCAAGAGCAAGGUGAACGUCCAACUCCUGCGGGAGGGCAUUCUCGAGGGAUCGCGCGCUGUGUGCGAUGCUCUAGGUGAGAUGUCCCAGUCGGUGGAUACCAUUGGCCAAGUGGAGGCAGUGGCCAAGGUGGCCCUGAAUGGAGACGAACGGCUGGCAGAGCUUAUUGGUGACGUGAUUUUGGAGCUGGGCGACAGCGGCGUCAUCCUGCUGAAGGAAUCUCACAGUCCCAUCGAUGAGGCUAAGAUCCAGGAGGGUCUAACCCUCGCUUCGGGCUACUGUUCGCCAUUCUUUGCCAGGCAAUCUCAUACCCUGGAAUUGGAGAAUUGCUUGUUGUUGCUUACAAUGGCCAAAAUUGAUCAAGUGGAUCAGAUCCUUCCCGCUCUCGAGUGGGCGAGAUUAAAGGAACGACCCCUUCUGAUCAUUGCCAAAAAUUUUGGUAGCGAUUUGCUUAAGAUCUUAGUGCUCAAUAAUCUGCAAGGUCGAGUUCAGGUCUGUGCUGUGAAGGCCCCAAACUUUGGGGACGAGCAGUGCGAGGAAAUGGAGGAUUUAGCUUUUGCUACGGGUGCCCAUCUUCUGGAGGAUGCCUCCAGUCUGGUGGAUCUCAGCGAGGAGGAUCUGGGUGAGGUGCGGGAGGCGGUGGUGGACGCCAAGGAAACGCACCUUUUGCAACCGAUCAAUGUGAACGAGGAGCAGGUGCAGUCCCGCAUCCAGCACAUUCGUGAGCUGAUCGAUGAGGCUUUCACCGAUGUGGAACUGGACCGCCUGAAAACACGACUUGGUCGCUUGCAGGGCCAACUGGCCACCAUUUUCGUGGGCGGUACCAGUGAGCUGGAGGUGAGCGAGCGAAAGGAUCGCUUCAACGAUGCCCUUCACGCCGUUCGAGUGGCCAUAAGUGAUGGUGUGGUUCCCGGAGGAGGAACCGCCUAUCUUCGAUGCAUUCCAGUUUUGGACGAGUUGCCGCCAACCGAGAUAAUGGAGCACCAGGUUGGCAGGGAAAUUGUAAAGGACGCUCUACGGCUACCAUGCUAUACGAUCGCCCGCAAUGCUGGAGUGGACCCCAAUGAGGUACUACGUCGUGUUUUAAAGGGCAGUGGCAACUACGGAUAUGAUGCCUCCGCUGACGAAUUUGACGAUCUUGUGGUCCGGGGAAUUGUGGAUCCCACAAAAGUGUUACAGUCAGCCAUGACGGCUGCCGCCGGAAUUGCUUCUCUUUUGGCCACCACCGAGGUGCUAAUCACUAGACAACCCACCAAACCGAAGAUUCCCAAAAAUCAGGUUACCAGGGAUCUGGCUAAACUUGUUGGAAUGUAGGUUAGAUAGUGCGUUUUGGAGAAAGAAAAAGAAAGCCCUAAAUUCUAUGUUGAAAAAAUAAAUGGUUAAUACAAAGAAAAAAUAAAA